ACAUUUUACGAAGUGUCCCUAAACGCAGCAUACGCGUGCUCAUUGACUCUGCUGUGGAUAGCUGCUACUAGCUCGACGGAUUCACGCACACCGACCUCCGUGAAAUAUCAAAUAGUAACAAUGGCAGAGACCGAUGUUGAUAAUGAACUUCUGGAUUAUGAAGAGGACGAGGAGCCCCAAGGAGCCCCCGAGAGCGGUACCUCAGUGAACAAGAAGGAAGUGAAGGGUUCCUAUGUGUCCAUCCACAGUUCAGGCUUCAGAGACUUUCUCCUCAAACCAGAGCUGCUUCGUGCCAUCGUUGACUGUGGUUUUGAGCAUCCUUCAGAAGUUCAACAUGAGUGUAUCCCUCAAGCUAUCUUGGGCAUGGACAUCCUAUGUCAGGCCAAGUCUGGUAUGGGAAAGACAGCAGUGUUUGUACUAGCCACCCUGCAGCAGAUAGAACCUGUGGAUGGGCAGGUGUCUGUCCUUGUGAUGUGCCACACUCGAGAGUUGGCUUUCCAGAUCAGCAAAGAGUACGAGCGUUUCUCCAAGUACAUGCCCACUGUUAAGGUGUCUGUGUUCUUUGGUGGCAUGGCCAUCAAGAAGGACGAGGAGGUCCUGAAGAAGAACUGCCCUCACAUUGUUGUAGGAACUCCAGGGCGUACCCUAGCCCUUAUUCGUAACAAGACACUCAGUGUGAAGAACAUCAAACACUUUGUGCUUGACGAGUGUGACAAGAUGCUGGAGCAGUUAGACAUGAGGUGUGAUGUCCAGGAAAUCUUUAGACUGACUCCCCAUGAGAAGCAAGUUAUGAUGUUCAGUGCAACCUUAAGCAAAGAGAUCCGCCCUGUCUGCCGCAAGUUCAUGCAAGAUCCCAUGGAAGUGUUUGUUGAUGAUGAGACCAAGCUGACGCUUCAUGGCUUACAGCAGUAUUACUGCAAGCUGAAGGACAGCGAGAAGAACCGAAAGCUAUUUGACCUGCUCGACGUGCUUGAGUUCAACCAGGUGGUGAUCUUUGUGAAGUCAGUGCAUCGCUGUGUUGCUCUUUCUCAGCUCCUAGUGGAGCAGAACUUCCCUGCUAUUGCCAUCCACAGAGGCAUGGCUCAGGAAGAGAGGUUAUCUCGUUAUCAGCAGUUUAAAGACUUCCAGCGGCGGAUCCUGGUGGCUACCAAUCUGUUUGGUCGAGGCAUGGACAUUGAGCGAGUCAACAUCGUCUUCAACUAUGACAUGCCAGAGGAUUCUGACACAUACCUUCACAGAGUUGCCCGAGCUGGCAGGUUUGGAACAAAAGGCCUGGCAGUCACCUUUGUAUCAGAUGAGGCUGAUGCCAAAACCCUGAAUGAAGUUCAAGACCGCUUUGAGGUCAACGUAGCAGAGCUUCCAGAGGAGAUCGACAUCUCCUCCUACAUUGAACAGUCAAGAUGAGUACCAAGUGUCCUUCCAGUGAAGACUGCGUAUGACCCUUCGUGUUGCUGUAUUUCAGAAGGAAAAAAAGUUUUUUUUUAUUUUAUGGUCCUACCUGCCACCAUAUAGGUUGUCAAGUUCAUAAAGACGUGACAUUUUUAUUUUCUCAUGUCAUUACAGGGUGCUUGUUUUAGUGUUUCCCUCGUUAAAACCAUGAAUAUAUUGUUUUGGUUAAGAAGAAAUAAACUUUUUAUAUCUUA